GACUGGAAGGAGGAAGGGAUUUGGCCCGUGGGCUGUUUGUAGCGUGCUCUUUCCCCCGAGUCCUCACUUCGACACCCGGACCUGCCCUCCAGGCUCUGCAUCCCCACCAGCGCGCCCACUGCAGGCUGACAGCGCUAAGCAGGCGGGGGCGAGUCAGACCCGGACACGCGCCAGGGUGGGGGUGAGGCGCCCCUUCCCGGAGGCCUCGGAGCUCAGGCCCCGCCCUCCCCCCGGCCCCCGCCGCACCACUUCCGGCAGGCGCUGCGUUGCUGGGGGGCGCGGGCGAGGAUGGCGGCGGAGAACGAGGCCAGUCAGGAGAGCGCCUUGGGCGCCUACUCGCCCGUGGACUACAUGAGCAUCACCAGCUUCCCGCGGCUGCCAGAGGAUGAGCCGGCGCCCGCGGCCCCUAUGAGGGGCCGCAAGGAUGAGGACGCUUUCCUGGGAGACCCGGACACAGACCCAGACUCCUUCCUGAAGUCAGCGCGCCUGCAGCGGCUGCCAUCGUCCUCGUCGGAGAUGGGCAGCCAGGACGGGUCGCCUUUGCGGGAGACGCGCAAGGACCCGUUCUCCGCCGCAGCAGCGGAGUGCUCCUGCCGUCAGGACGGGCUCACGGUCAUCGUCACAGCCUGCCUCACCUUUGCCACGGGUGUCACUGUGGCGCUCAUCAUGCAGAUCUAUUUCGGCGACCCUCAGAUCUUCCACCAGGGUGCCGUGGUGACAGAUGCCGCCCGUUGCACAUCACUGGGCAUCGAGGUGCUCAGUAAGCAGGGAUCUUCGGUGGAUGCAGCUGUGGCAGCAGCCCUGUGUUUGGGGAUCGUGGCCCCACACAGUUCUGGCUUGGGCGGUGGGGGCGUGAUGCUGGUCCAUGACAUCCGAGGAAACAAGAGCCAGCUAAUUGAUUUCCGGGAGUCUGCACCUGGGGCCCUCAGGGAAGAGGCCCUGCAGAGAUCCUGGGAAACCAAGGUGGGGACCCUGCCUGGGCUCUUGGUGGGGGUCCCUGGAAUGGUGAAGGGGCUACAUGAAGCUCACCAGCUCUAUGGCAGGCUGCCAUGGUCCCAAGUCCUGGCCUUCGCAGAAGCUGUGGCCCAAGAUGGCUUCAACGUGACCCAUGAUCUAGCCCAUGCACUGGCUGAACUGCUGCCGCCCAAUGCAUCUGAGCGCUUCCGUGAGACGUUCUUGCCCUCGGGCCACCCACCACUACCUGGCUCACUGAUGCAUCGGCCUGACCUGGCCGCAGUGCUGGAUACUCUAGGCAACUACGGCCCCGCUGCCUUCUAUGCGGCUGGCAACCUCACACUGGAGAUGGUGGCAGAGGCUCAGCACGCAGGGGGUGUCAUAACUGAGGAAGACUUCAGCAACUACAGUGCCCUCGUGGAGAAACCUGUGUGUGGAGUAUACAGAGGCCACCUGGUUCUCAGCCCCCCACCCCCGCACACAGGCCCUGCCCUCAUCAGUGCUCUCAACAUCCUCGAGGGCUUCAAUCUCACCAGCCUGGUAUCCCGGGAACAGGCUCUUCACUGGGUGGCAGAGACGCUGAAGAUUGCGUUAGCCCUGGCCAGCAGAUUGGGAGACCCCAUCUACGAUUCUACCAUCACUGAGAGCAUGGAUGACAUGCUCAGCAAGGUGGAGGCUGCCUACCUCCGGGGCCACAUCAGUGACUCCCAGGCAGCCCCUGCCCCACUCCUGCCUGUUUACGAGCUGGACGGGGCUCCCACGGCUGCCCAGGUGCUGAUCAUGGGCCCUGACGACUUCAUCGUGGCCAUGGUCAGCUCCCUGAACCGGCCUUUUGGCAGUGGCCUCAUCACGCCCUCGGGGAUCCUGCUCAACAGCCAGAUGCUGGACUUCUCCUGGCCCAAUAGGACUGCUAACCACUCUGCACCCAGCCUGGAGAAUUCGGUACAGCCAGGAAAGCGGCCACUGUCUUUUCUGCUGCCCACCGUGGUCCGGCCAGCGGAGGGGCUCUGUGGAACCUACCUCGCCCUGGGCGCCAAUGGAGCUGCCCGGGGCCUCAGCGGCCUGACCCAGGUUCUGCUGAAUGUCCUGACCUUGAACCGGAACCUGAGUGACAGCCUGGCCCGUGGCCGCCUGCACCCUGACCUGCAGUCCAACCUCCUGCAGGUGGACCGUGUCUCCCGGACUGAAGCAUAUUAGAAGCCACAGACCUGAACCUUCAGCAGUAACCCCUGUAGUUGGCAGGUGACACUUUGGAUCCCAGCUGAUGGAGGAUGAGCUUAACACCUUGAAAAUGAAUUCUGCUCAACUAAUGUCUUUGGGUCUCUAUUAGAAGAGGCUUUGUGCUUAGUUACUUGCGGGGGCCGGGGGGGGGGCUCAUCCUAGCCCUCCCUUGAGGGGUUCACAGUCUAAAACAGGGAUAUGAGGAGUGGAUGCUUGGUAAAGGGAAAUUUCAUCCUCCCUGAGGACUCUGGUAGGCUUUAUGGAGGAGGUAACAGCUGGGCCUUCAUAUGAGCAGGAAUGUGGCAUGUGGAGGUAAAGAACAUUCUGCACAGGGGAACAGCCUGGGCAAAAGCCAGCGAGAAUGGCUCAGGGAGCAGCCAGGAGACACUGUGUCCCAAACUUCAGAAUUUACCCAUCACCUUCUGACUUUUGCCACAUUUACACACCAUCUAAACCAUUAUUCACAUAAUGUAUAUCUAUAAAUGGACUUCCUUUUUAACCUAAAUGUAUUUUUAAAGUAAAUCUUAUAUCAUAAUCCCAAAUGGAAAAAUGACAUCAUUUGCCACAAAUAGAUGAUAAAUAAUUAUUUAAAAAUCCAAUAUGUUUAGCUUUCAGUUAGAUAUUGUUGCCCCUGAAAGACUCUGAGGCCUGCUGUCUCUGUUAAGGAAGAUUAGAAAUGUUAGAGACCAGACUGCAAUUUAGGCCUUGUUAUGUCCAACGGAUUGAAAGUGAACCACAAGACUUGGUGAUUUAGUGCUAUUCAAUGUUGUGUCUUUUAUCUCAAGAACUACCCCCCAAAUCAUCUCAUUCGGGGAAAUAAGACCAUAUCUUUGUUAGGAGCAGUGGGAGGUGAGGUUGCAGGGAUUAUCAUGGAGGUCCAUGUUAAGAAGCAUGGACUUUAUCCAGUGGAAAAGGGGAGGGAUAUGAGCUGAUGUGUUUUAUGUAGGGGAGGUGGAUUGAAGGGAGAACUUAAGUUGGGGAAAUACAAGAAGCACCCGGGAUAAUGGCCCAGCAAGAGAUGAUGAAGAUCUGAACUUAUGCAAAAGUAUGGGGAUUUGCUCAUUUACCCAGUAAAUACUUGCUUAAAAUUUACUACGCCUUCACCCUGUUCUAGGCACUAGGGAACAAUAGUGAACAAAAUAACAUCCAUUCCUUCAAAAAGCUUAUAAUCUAUAGUGGAGGGAGACACAGUAAAUACAUAAAGAAAUACAGGGAGCAUUAAGUACUUUGAAAGAAAACAAGCAAGGUGAAGAUAAUGGGCUGCUGUUUUAGAUAAUGAUCAGGGAAGUUCUCCUUGAAGACUGGAAUGAACUAAGGGAGCCAGUUUUAUGACUCUGUAGGAGGAGAGCAUUCCAGGCAGAGAGAACAGCAAGUGCAAAGGCCCUGAGGUGGGAGCAUGUUUGGCCUUGAAGGACAGCGAGGAGGCUAGAGCAGAGUUAGAGAGAGUGGAAAGAAGUGAGGAGUUUAGAGAGGUAGUGAGGUCCCCAGAUGGGCCUUAGAGGCCUUGGAAAGGACUUUGGAUUUUAUUCUAAGAGUCAUCAAGGCUGUUAGAGGGUUUUGAGUAGGGGAAGUGACACGGUUUAAUGGUUUAAAAGGAUCCCUGUGACAGCUGUAAGGAAGGCAGGACUGGUAGCAGAAAGACCAGUUAGUGGCCUAUGCAGUAAUCCUGGCAAGUAAUGAUGGCAGCGUGGCCUAGGCAGGUGGAGGUAAGACACCAAAACGCUUUUUCCAAUGUGAAGAAUGACCAUAUAUUAUUGAUCACUUAAUGUAUGCAAUGCUGUGAGCUCAGUGCUUUCUGUGCAUUACCUCCUUUAACCCCUGCAACAAUUUCAUAGAGUAGGUUCUCGUGUAAUCCCCACUCUAUGUAUGAGGAGACUGAGGCUCAGAAAGGUAAAGUAUAAUAAUUUGCCAAAGGUCACACAGCUCCUCAGUGGAGCGUCCAGAACGGAGACUCAGGUCUGAACAUAGGACUCCUGAGCUAGUGCUCUGAACACUCUGAAUGUGUGUAUGUUGGGGAAUGGU